UCACACUAUUUAAAACCCCAAAACCCAUUCCAGAAAUCCAAAGCUUCAAAACCCAGAUAAAAAAUUCCAUCCAUGGAAAGGAUCGAGAACCAACAAGACAACCGGAGGAAUAAUGUGGAGGAAAUAGAAACCAUUUCAACUGAACGGAUCUUUGAUACCAAGGCGGCUCCGCCAUGGGAGAAGCAAUUAACCUGCAGGGCUUUCAUGGUGAGCUUUGCUCUGAGUGUUCUGUUGAGCUUCAUCGUCAUGAAACUCAACCUCACGACUGGGAUCAUACCUUCCCUCAACGGCUCAGCUGGGCUUCUUGGGUUCUUCUUCGUUAAGACAUGGACCAAAUUAUUGAAGAAAUCUGGGUUGCUCAAGCAAGCUUUUACUAGGCAAGAGAAUACCGUCAUUCAGACUUGCGUCGUUGCUUCCUCCGGCAUUGCCUUUAGCGGAGGUUUUGGGAGUUACCUCUUCGCAAUGAGCGAGGGUAUUGCUAAACAAUCAACAGAAGCCAACAAGGCACAAAAUAUUAAGAACCCAUCUCUGGGAUGGAUGAUUGGGUUUCUCUUUCUUGUUAGCUUCCUUGGGCUCUUUUCUGUGGUUCCUCUUCGGAAGAUUAUGAUUAUAGACUUUAAACUGAUCUAUCCAAGUGGUACUGCUACUGCACAUCUUAUCAACAGCUUCCACACUCCACAAGGAGCAAAAUUAGCUAAGAAGCAAGUCAAAGCAUUGGGCAAAUUCUUCUCAUUCAGUUUCCUUUGGGCAUUCUUCCAAUGGUUCUUCACUGCUGGGGAUAAUUGUGGAUUCUCAAACUUCCCUACAUUCGGUCUCAAAGCAUUUGAGAACAAGUUUUACUUUGACUUUUCUGCUACAUAUGUAGGGGUUGGGAUGAUCUGCCCUUACAUCAUAAAUAUAUCAUUGCUACUUGGGGCGAUUCUGUCAUGGGGUAUCAUGUGGCCUCUCAUUGAAACUAAAAAGGGUCAUUGGUAUCCUGAAGAUCUGAGCUCUACCAGCCUCCAUGGCUUACAAGGUUACAGGAUUUUUAUUGGUAUCGCUAUGAUCCUAGGAGAUGGUCUCUACAACUUUGUGAAGGUUCUCAGUCAAACUCUCUUUGGCUUGUUUCAACAACUCUUCCAUAACAAAAGAGAUCUCCCCAGUACUGGUCCCUCUGCUCCUGUGAACCUACCUCUCUCCUAUGAUGAUCAUCGCCGAACACAGCUCUUCCUCAAAGAUCAAAUACCAACUUGGGUUGCAAUAGGAGGCUAUGCUACCAUCGCUGCCAUCUCCACCAUCACUCUACCAAAAAUUUUUCACCAGCUCAAGUGGUACCAUGCCUUGGUCAUGUACAUCAUUGCACCAACCCUAGCCUUCUGCAAUGCAUAUGGUUGUGGACUCACUGAUUGGUCCAUGGCCUCAACGUAUGGGAAGCUUGCCAUCUUUACCAUUGGUGCAUGGGCAGGGGCCUCUAAUGGUGGAGUUCUCGCAGGUCUUGCAGCAUGUGGAGUCAUGAUGAACAUUGUUUCCACAGCUUCUGAUCUCAUGCAGGAUUUCAAGACAGGGUACCUAACAUUAGCUUCACCUCGUUCCAUGUUUGUGAGCCAAGUUAUUGGGACUGCAAUGGGUUGUGUCAUCUCCCCUAGCGUUUUUUGGCUCUUCUACCAGGCCUUCCCCAAUAUUGGUGUCCCAGGGUCUGAAUACCCUGCUCCUUAUGUUCUUGUAUACCGCAACAUGUCAAUAUUUGGGGUUGAGGGGUUCUCUACUCUACCAAAACACUGCCUUCAACUUUGCUAUGCUUUUUUUGCUGCUGCCAUUCUUGUGAACUCGAUCAGAGAUGUUGUAGGAAAGAAAUGGGCAAAAUAUAUUCCACUCCCAAUGGCCAUGGCUCUACCAUUCUACCUCGGAGGCUACUUCACAAUUGACAUGUGUGUUGGGAGUUUGACCGUAUUUGUGUGGCGAAAGGUUAACAAAGCCAAGGCAGAAGCAUUUGGACCUGCAGUAGCUUCCGGUUUGAUUUGUGGGGAUGGAAUAUGGACUUUGCCCAGCUCAAUACUUGCUUUGGCUGGGGUGCAACCACCCAUCUGCAUGAAGUUUCUCACAAGGAAAACAAACUCCAGGGUUGAUAAAUUGCUAGCCUCUUAAGCUGAGCGUCAGUUUAACCGUGUUCUAGCCAUAUGAGAAAUAUCCAUGUAUUUUUCAGACUCUAUGUAUUUAUAAAGGUAAACAGUGAAGUUCCAUUACAGCAAAGAUGACCAAUGAUAUAUGUUGCAGCACAGAAUAAAUUAGAUGGUUUUCUGGGUGCAAGCAUCUCCCACACCAAAAACACUCAUCCUUCCCAAUGUAUAUCCAACUAUAGCCGCUCUUACUGUCCUUAUCUCUUCCCAAUCCCCCAUUAGCACCAUACAUGUUAGCCAAGAGAACAUUAAUAGAAGCUGAUUUAGACUCCAAUCUAAAGAGCUUAUAUGCAUAUUUCAGCCUAAACUUUAAUUCCCCCACUAGCUCUCCAACCAUUCAGUAGUGCACCCAUGACUAGCACUAGUCUCAAAAGGCAUCCCUCUCAUAUAUUCUCUGAACAUCAAAAGCACCCACAUCUUGAAUACAUUGCCAUAAUUUCCUACAAAACAAUGGAAUUCAAAUACUAACUUGAUGAUACAACCAAUGAAUCGAAUAUCUUUCUCGAGGAUGUGCAACGAAAACAUGGGGCUCAAAACCAGUUUUUAGAACCAGAAAAUGGAGUUGCUCCCCUUGCUUAAUGUAUUUUAGCUUGCCACAAGCUUUUGCAGCAACAGAGAAUGCUUGAUGGCUGAACUCCAUGCCAUG